GAGUUGAAUUACUUCUUUCAGAUUGUAAAAUGUGUGCGGCCGACAUGUACAGUUCUGCUGAGGAACUGUACAAAACCGGUUUAUAUUCAAGUUUUAUUGAAUUAUACCCGUUCAUAUCCUCCACUGUGACAGAUAUACAGUUCAUUAAUCUCAUGCUCUAUCAGGGAGGAAGUCUACAGUGUUUGAAGGAGUAUAAACGUGCUGAGGUGGAAUAUCAGACAGCUCUACAACAAAGAAAACUUCUGUUAAAAAGUAAAACAAAACUUGUGGAAGCUGAUGGAACUGUUUUCAGUGAAAUAGAGAUAAAGUACCGUAUCCAUGAAUGCUACCUGGGAAUGGGUCAAACAAACCAGGCGGUCAACCUACUCCAGAAUAUUCCUGCUAAACAGAGAAAUACAAAGAUUAACAACGCUCUUGGUAAACUGUAUCAUCAAAGUGGAUUAGAGAAACCUGCGAUAGCUGCAUACAGGGAGGUUAUAAAAGAAUGUCCUCUUGCCCUGGAAGCUGUCAAAGGUUUGCUCCAAAUGGGUGUUACAGCGCGAGAAAUCCAGGAGGUAGUAGGAGAAAAUAAACCUGGAGAUAUAUCUUGGUAUUCAUCCUACAUAACUUCCCUCUCUGCACUCUAUGCUCAGGAUUAUAAAACAUGUAUUAGAGAAUGUAAACAGCUGGAGAACAGACAGGAGUUACGAGGGAAUGUGAGUUUACUUGUUACUCAGGGACAAGCUCAUUACUGGGCUGGAGAUGAUGAACAGGCACGACUGGUUCUUCAACGAACAGCUAGUCUUGAUCGUCUUCUUCUAACAGGUAUGGACACUCUGGCAGCUAUCCUGAGUAAACUAAACCGAACCAAGGAGCUAGAUAUUCUGGCAUCAAGAUUAUUAGCAAUCAGUGAAGAGCGGCCCGAACCCUGGAUAGCGGUCGGUCACUACUGUCAUAAGAACAAAAACUACAAACGCGCAGUUUACUUCGCGCACAAGGCCUGUCUGCUGGACACCAGGAACGUUGAAGCGCUUCUGCUCAAGGGUAACAUGUUUCUCGACCUCAAGAAGUACCGGGACGCCAUGAACCAUUUCCGCGAGGCGAAGCAGAUAGCGCCGAAUAGAUACGAAGCGCACCAGGGAAUGGUUGAGUGUAAUAUAGGUCUUCUUCGACAGAGGGAAGCCAUCACCAUAGCGACAGGUGCGUGCAAGCAAUUAGGAAACUCACCACGAUCUCUUACAUUGUACGCCAGCGUACUUCUCAAGGAACCGUUGGCUGUAGCCCGAGCUAAGACGUUACUAGAGAGAGCAUCUAGUGGUGGAUAUCUACCCGCAAUCUAUCUACUUGUAGAACUUUUAGAGAGGGAGGGAGCUCAAGAUAAAGCUAUUGAUCUACUAAAGAAGACCCUGGUUCACCAGAAUACAUGUCGACUACAGCAGCUUCUAGCAGAUCUGCUUGCUAAGCAAGGGUUAGAAGAAGCUGCUAUGGAGCACUACAGUCUAGCUCUCUCAUUGGAUCCUGAGAACGAAGGUGCAAAGAGUGGUAUCCACAAGAUGGAGUCUGCUAGCGAAGGAGGUCUGGAAGCCAGCUACGAUAUUGAGAUGGCUGAGUUUGGGAGUUCCCACGAGAGCCUAGGGCGGGGAAGUCCAGGACCUCCUCAUGAUCCAGAGGACAGUGAAACCGAGGCGGUCUGGAGUGACGGUGAUCUGAAUAUCAUGGGGGCAUCCUAGAGGAUUCAGCGAUUGAAUUAUACUAGUUCAUUCAUUAUUCAUCUCAUUCCUAUAAAUUCUUGUAUUUUCUUAAGUUCCAUUAUGUGAAAACAUUCUGACAUUUUUAUAAACUGGAUGAUGAAGAUUAUAUCUUCUCCAACUAUUUGUUUCCUAGGAGUAGAUAAUAUUUCUGUAAUUUUUAAAACAGGGCUCCUCCAAUAAAAAAUCCGACAUACAAAUCACAUAAAUUUCCAAUAAAAGAAGUUUUCCCAUAUUUGAUGAAAAAUUUGAAUUUUUUAAAAUAUUAAUAUUUCAACAAAAAUAAAAUUUUCUUUGCAACCAAACCGGCAAUUUAAACCUGGGGGGUAACCUGCCUUGUACGCUAUGAAACACAUCCUGUAAAGUAAGUACAUUCCUCUUGCAAACUUGCAUGCAUGUAUUAGAUCGUUUGUUUAAUGUUUAAUUCGUCACAAAUUCGUCUCAAAAAUCGUAUGUAACAAUAAAAACCAAGAUGUUGUAUAACAUAAUAUAAUUUCAGAA